AUGCCUCUUGAUGCUCUGAGGUGGAAAGCCCGAAUUCUUGCUAGCCGGGAUCCCCGCCCAACUAGUGGGUCCUUCGUCACCACUUAUCAAAUUAUUCGAAAUUUCGAAGCUGCUCUCAUAUCUAUGGAACGCGAUCCUACAAUCGCGUAUAUGCUUUUCAAAGUCAUCCACGAAGCAUUCCAGAAAUGUCCUAACACGAGAACGAGGGAAUCUCAUCGAAUGGAACCAAUGCGCCGUUAUAAAGGGUAUGGCGAAGAUGUCCUGGACACUCUAACCUCCAAUCCAGAUUUGAGCUUCAAAUUGGCAUUGCGAUUUCUAAGUGUGAUGCGGAUUCAACCUUCUACUGAAAGAACUAUUGGCAUCGAUUCGCUAUACCCAGGCGAAGUCGAAGUGAAAGCGCUCAUUCAGCUUAUGAAGCAGGAUCCUUUGGAGGGCCCUCGAUUAAUGUCACGAAUUCGUCGAUGGGUCUAUGCAGAAAUGUCAGAAGCUUUCGUGUAUCUAUUUAAAGUGCCGUUUGGAUCGUACAAGCCAAGCGACAGCGAGCAAUGCUUGAGCAAAUCUUUGCCCUGUGAUCCAUUAAGUCCCAGAGAGGGUUUGCUCACUGAUCUCCAGAGACGUUUAUUGCGAGAGAUAGUGAUGCAUUUGGUGUAUGAAAUAGUGAAUCAAGAAAGGGUUUGCUCCCUUCAUGAGCUAAACCCACUAGUUGACGCUCUACUUCGAUCAUCUGGCGACUUAUUUGUGGCAAUCAUGUCAAGUCGUGAUAUUUUGGACCCCGUCGAACCAUCUUCUCACGCAGAGAACACUGAUCUGAAUAUACGACAAGAAUUGCGAACAGGGCCUCGUUAUGAACGAGAGUUGGGUAUUCUGAUGUGGCAUUUGGAACAUCAGAGUGCUAAUUCGGCAUUUGAAGAUGCCAAGAUUCUCCUCACCGAAUUUAGGACCGCGGUGGGCCAAGCGUUCGUGAAGGGGUUCGCCAAAACUCUAUGCCAUCCUCUCAAAACAAUAUACCAUGAUAUGCUCGUUUCAGCGAAUACGCUCCUUCAUGGAAUGAGGCAUCUGAAGCUUCUGUUCUCGUCGCCUCAUUGUUACCAAGGGGCACCCGCGUUCAUCAAAGCUCUUUUGACACCAACGGGCUAUUUUGUCUUCGAUUCAAUCAUCCAUGCAUCAGAGUUUCCUGCCAUUAGAACUCUUGUAAAAGAGAUUCUUGUGUUUGAAAAGGUGAACGCAAAGACACUUUUCUCCGUGGCUGUCGCAAUGAAGGAGCAUUGGAACCUCGAGAUAGAUCUGAAGUCCUUAAGCGACUUGCAUGGAGUCCUUCAUUCGUUCACCUGCAUCUCCUUUGUUCUUGCAUCGUACCAAGAAUCGUUCUCUCCAAGACUGUUGGCGAAUACGUUGAAGGAGUUUUUCGGCAGUCAACAGAUUCCAUCUUCUUGGAUUUCUAAGGGUACUGAGAAUUGGUAUCGAGAAAAAAAUGUCCAAUGA